CAGUACGGCUGGAACGUGCGGUCGCCGUUGUCUUCUUCGUCAGUGCGAUUUCAAAUGUCGUUGCGUCGGGUAGUGCUAACAUAACGCACCACAACAGUAGGGUAUUCGCGUACCCAAUAGAAGGGUAAAAAAGCAGUACUGAGCAACACAAUAGGACAGGGGAGUGUGUGUGUGUGUUUGUGUGGGUCGCCUCGUACGGUGCCUCUCGCUCUGACGCAGUGGCUGUGUGUAUAAAUGAUUAUUAUAAAUAAUUACAAGUUUUGCAAGUUGGAAAAAUAUUAUUGAGGCAGUUGAAAUAACAACAUCGAGGCCGGUUUGAGCCAAGAAAUAGAACCAGUAUGUGUAAGUGUGGUUGAGUCUACGGUGAAAAGUGGUGAAGAAACGGGGAACAGGCAGAAAGAGAAAAAAAACAUCGAGCAAUAAAAAUUACUAUUGUUUGGAUGGAUUUAUAAUUUUUAUUGUUUGCGUAAUAAAAGUAAAUAACGAAAGAGCACACACAGCGAGUCAGCGUAGCCGAGCUGCGAGGGAAGAACUUGACGGUGAAGUGUAGAUAUUUUCAUGUUUUGGUUGUUUUCGGAUCCCUCGGAGGAAAAAGCAAAAAGAAUAAAAAGAGCGCCAAAACCUUUUAGUGGAAGUAAUGAAUUUUUUUUUUCUGGUAAUUAUAAUUACCAAAAUGAGAAAGAGCAAUUAAAUGGUAUUAGGAAAUAUGGAAAUAAAUCGUGAAUGUGGAAAGGUAAAACCUUGAAGGAGAAGCUAGAGGAAGAAGAAAGGUCAUUAAAAUACGAUUAAGUGACCGAAAAAAACUGGGAAAGUUUGAGAAACAGUGAAUGGUAACAUUCCCUUAAAAUCAUUUCGCGAAAUUAAAUAUUAAGACGGUAGACAACAGAAACGUGUGACUUUACCGACGAAGAAUUUGAAUAGAAAAAUCACCGGAAAACUCAGUGACAAAUUAGCAAAUACCUCCACAAGUGCGUCUCGCAAAGAAGAGUAGUCCAGAACCGGUGCGAGUGCUCGUGCCCCACUAGACAGUAAGAGUCUGAUGACAAUCGUGUGUCAUAAUCAUCACCAUAGCGCCAUCACCGGAUGAAAAGAAGCCGGCUGGCGUGAAUUACGGAAGAAACGAGCGUCAUCUCGAAGCCGCAUGGUGCGCACAAGAAGAAACGUUUUGUUAACAUACUUUCAACAGUAGACAAGUGGGGACCCCCUGCGGCUCCUCGGAAAAGAGUGUUGGUGUGUGGGUUACCAGACUGGGUGCACAGUGCGUCCCACCUGAUAAAACCAAGAGUGUAUAUACAAACAGGAAAUAGCUAAAUCCUCUAUCACGAGUGUGGAUGUGUUUGUGUUAUCCUGGUGCUUGUUUUGAUUAGAACGAGAAAUUCGUCCGAAUUUGUGAAUAGUGUGACGAGAUGGUUCUGAGCGGUACAGUAUUGUUGAAUGCAGUGAUUAGUGUAUACAAUUAACCCAAAAAGAAACAUUCAUCGAAGUAAAAACAUAUGCUCAACAUGCCAUCUGAUACGCCGCCUCCGCAUCACUCGUCUCCCACCGGAUUGGAUUCAUCGGACCGUCGCCCGGCAUCGGUUCCAUCAGCCAUUGCAGGUCUCGUCGGUUUAGGCUUCAGGCGGGGCAACCUGCUGGACAAAUCGGAACCAAUUUUAAAACCCACAAUGAAUCAGAACCAGCAAUUUUGUCUCCGCUGGAAUAAUUACCAAACCAACCUAACCAGCGUGUUUGAUCAGCUGCUGCAAAGUGAAUCCUUCGUCGAUGUCACUCUGGCCUGCGAUGGCCAAUCGAUCAAAGCUCACAAAAUGGUCCUGUCCGCCUGCAGUCCGUAUUUUCAAACGUUGUUCUUCGAAAAUCCUUGCCAGCAUCCCAUCAUAAUCAUGCGCGAUGUCAAGUGGCCAGAGCUGAAGGCAAUCGUCGAUUUCAUGUACAAGGGUGAAAUCAACGUGAGUCAGGAUCAGAUAGGACCGCUUCUAAAAAUAGCGGAAAUGUUGAAAAUUCGCGGUCUGGCCGACGUAAACGGCGAUCAGGAGCUGAAUCAAAUCGGCAACGUGGAGCCGUCGGCAAGCACCACCGAUGAAAAUAAUCCCAAUAACGAAAGCAACAGCAGCAGUAACUUGUCCCGAGACGCCAGCAAAAACGACGGCCGUCUCCAUCACACCGAUCCAUCCCACAACAACAAUAACAACAACAACACUCCAAGUCAUAUGGCUAAGAAGCCACGCACUUCCAGGGAUCGAGACUCGAACCGGGAAUUGUCGGUCCGAGAUUUUCCACGGGAUCUUUCGGCUGCCGCCGCGGCCGCAGCCGCGGCCGCCGCCGUUGAGUGGCCACUAAGUGCCGCACUCGAUACCGUACAUGCUUCCACUCCAAAGAACAACCGCAAACGACGCUGGCCGUCGGGCGAACGUAGCAGCGUCGGCAGCCCGGCCGACAGUACCCCGGACAAUCUGGAAGUGCCGUCGCCGAUUCCACCGACUCCGUCCACGAUGUCACAGCCGGCGUCGACACCGACUCCGCUGGCUCAGUUCCCCAUGCCGCCGGCACUGGACCAGAUGGCAGGGCUGUCGUCGCUGUCCACCAUGACCAACCAUCCGGACGAUAUGGAGAUCAAACCGGGCAUCGCCGAGAUGAUCCGCGAGGAAGAAAGGGCGAAACUUUUGGAGAACUCCCAGGCCUGGCUUGGUGCAUCCACAUCAUCGAUAACGGGCACAACACUACUGAAAGAAGCCGCCUGUACACCACCCACAACCUACGCCGAAAGUUACCAGUACCAGCUGCAGUCCAUGUGGCAAAAAUGUUGGAACAGCCAGAACCUGAUUCACCACCUUCGGUUCCGGGAGCGCGGACCGCUGAAAUCUUGGCGCCCCGAAACGAUGGCCGAGGCCAUCUUCAGUGUGCUGAAGGAGGGUCUGUCCCUCUCGCAGGCAGCCCGCAAAUACGACAUUCCCUAUCCGACCUUUGUACUGUACGCGAACCGUGUUCACAACAUGCUCGGACCGUCGAUCGAUGGUGGCACUGAUCUGCGACCGAAGGGCCGCGGCCGGCCACAGCGGAUUCUACUCGGAAUCUGGCCGGACGACCACAUCAAGGGUGUAAUCAAAAGCGUUGUCUUUCGCGAUGCCAAAGAAAUCAAGGAAGAACCGAUCCUGUACGGCAGACAUUCGCCAUUUCCGUUCCAAGAUAAUCCGCUAAACUAUGCACCGAACGCUAACGGUCAGCUGCCGACAGCUGGUGCCGACGGGAUGACUUCUGAUGCUUUAACCGCUGCAACCGUGGCCGCAGUAAGGCAGCAGAUGUGCAACAUGGUAGCUGCCGCACAGCACCAUCCGGAAGCUGCAGCCAAUUUGGUGGGGUUUAACCUGCCUCCACAUCACACCAAUUUGAGUAUCCACCCAUCGGCAAAUGGAGGGUCCAGUGGUAGCAUUCCGGUUCCUAAGCUAGGAUCUCCUGCCGUCCCAAAUCAAGGACAUGGUAACAACGGAGGAUCCGGGGGCAUUCAAAUGCCUAGACUGGGUUCUCCGGCGGGAUCCAGCAUAGUCACGGCCAAAGAUCACGAUCACCAUGGUUUACCAAACAUCAACCACGGUGGAAACCCAGGCAACACCAGUAGCCACCCCCGUUCUGAAUCAUCUCGCAGCAUCAAUCACUCGUCCGGUGGUUCCAACGUGAACCAUCAUCCGUUGGCUCAUCUGAACAGUGGUAGCCUCAGUAUAACCCGUCUCGGCUCACCUGCUUCCGCUCACGAUCUCCGCAUGACAACACCACCGACGGAGGAAAGCCCGCUCGCAUCCCCGAUGGGGAUGAUACUGGAGCCGGCCGUUAACCUGGCGGUAGGUGGCCAGGGCUCCGAGCUAAACCCACUCGGAAUGCCACCGUACGGUAGCAGUAAAUCGUCAUCCCGAGCGGGUUACUCUUCUUCGUCCUCCCCGCCCCGUCCGGAGCAUCUCUUCCACGAUCAGGAUAUUUCCGAAAUGGUGGCCUCCGCGCGGGGAACGGGCAUUGGAGCGAUGAAUGCCGGCGGUAGCGCGGCUGGUUCUACCGGCAGUUUCAGCAGAGAGUCCCCUCGGCCGGCCCCCGCCGCCGCCACCAGCAUCAAGAUGGAACCGAUGGCCGAGUGCCGCGGAGAGUAAACUUCGGUUGGGUCGCACUUACGUCGAUAGGUUUAGUUUAGUUUCAAUUUAAGCACCAUAAAAGUGGUCGCGAAGGGGAAUUGUUUUUUUUUGUUUGUUUAUUUAUAAAACGAUUUAUCGUUUCGUUUUUUUGUGGGCGUUUAGUUUAAUUUGUAUAUUUUAAUUCUUACAUUUUUGUAGUACUAUCCACCUUUUCCUAUUUUAGUUUACGAGCUGAUUUCACACAUGUUAUUUUUGCAAUAUGUGAUAUAAUUAACUUAAAAGGGUACAUUUUUAAGAGGAAAGCGAUAGAGGUAAACUUUGAGGAAAUUUUAUUUAUUUGUACUGAUAUAACCAUUUGAAAUCGUACUAAAUUCAAACGAUAGUAAGAAAAGAGAUGCGAAAGAGGUAAAAUUAACAUGUUAAGAGAUGUGCAAUAAUUUUUUGGAGGACAAAUUGAAUGGAACUAUCCACAGUAGAAUGUAAACAAAUCGCGAAGCGAUGGUAAUUCAUUGGAGCAUGAAUUUAAAAGUGUUGAAACCAGAAAGUGAAUUUUGAACGUUUCAAUGAAAACAAUUCUCGACAAACAUGAUUACGGCUUAAAAACCAACUGUCAACAUUCUCAUUACUUUAUUCCGAGUUGCCAGUUGUAAAGAUGCGAUGCCCCUGAUGUUUGGACUCACAUUUCGACGGCCUUAAUACCAACAGUGCUGCUUGGCUGUCCGAGAAGAUUGCGAUUUUUGCAUGUCUGUACUUUCGUUUCCUACAGACCUCCGAUCCUGGAAAACUGUAGGCCACUUUCCCAUUGAUAUCGCUUCUUUAACUCUCCGUAGACUCCCGAGCCAGUCAGCUCACCCAUUUUAGAACCAUCCGAUAGAAUUAUAUUGUACCUUGAGGCAGUAUAGGACUCCCUACAUCCCACAUCUGACGAUCCACUAUGUGGACCUCAUAUGAGAUAUCGAAGUUCGGUUUAGCCUCCAUUUUAUCUUGAACUGUUGUCAAGACAGGGUUUAGUUUGAGUUCCUUUAUUAUACUCAGGUGACCAGCUUGGGCGGUCUUUUGCUUAACUAAGUUAAUCGUGGUCUGGCGAUGGUCGUGAAGGACCAGUAGCCAACCUCGGUUUGAGACUCCAAGUUUUCCCGAAGAAUUUACUGCUCGCCCACAGUGCUGUUGUUGCUUUAUUAACGGCGUAUGUCAGGUGCGAGUUCCAAUUCAGUUUUUUGUCUAGGAUAAACACCUAGGUGUUUCGCUUCUUCUGCGUAGUUGAUUGUAGUUCCACUGAGAGUUGGGGGAACCAACUUCAGUUUUUUCCUAUUGGUAAAUGGUACAAUGACUGUUUUUGUAGUGUUCACGUUGAGUCCCUCUUUGAAACACCAUGUCAUGAUGAAGUUUAGGGCUAGUCGAAUCCGAUCGCUUAGUACAGAUUCAUGUUUUCCCCUCACAAUGUCAUCUGCAUAUCCAACAAUCUCGAAACCCAUUUCAGUUAGAUCGAUGAGAAGAUCGUCCACCACUAGUGAUCAGAGCACGGGUGAUAGCACACCUCGCUGGGGACAACCUCUAUUGGCUGUUAUAGUUGCUUUCGUGUCUCCCAACGUUGCUGUGAUCUCUCGACUCUUGAGCAUUGCAAGAAUCCAGUCAUCUAUCGGUUUUUCUCGAGGGGCAAGCACUAAAUCUCCAAUACGACGCAGGCCCAAAAGUAAUACUUAAUUAGUUAUUUUAAGUACCAUUAAGUACCAUAAAGUACAUUAAAUACCCCAAAUAUUUAAAAAUUACGCAUCAAAUUCAUUGUACUUUAAUUACAAAAAAGGUUUUGAGUACAGCAACUUCGUACUUUAAAUACGCAAAAUAUUUUAAUUACCGUCAAUAUGUACUUUAAAUACUUGAAGUACUCACACAUCGACGUUAAUUAAAUUAAGUACCUUAUUAAGUACAACAGAAGUAUUUUUAAAUACUUUCAUUAUUUACUUUAAUUAUAUUAAAAAUAUGUUUGGUAUUUUCAAUACGACGCACUCAAACCUGCUAGUGCUGGCCCCUCGGUUUUUCCACUCCUCUUUUUGCCAGGGCCUUGUGAAUUGAUAUGUAGAACGUAUUAUCAAAAGCACCCUCGAUGUCAAGAAAAGCGCAAAUUGCUAUUUCCUUGAAAUCGAGGGUUUUCUCAAGAAGUGUCACUAAGGUAUGUAGGCCUGUUUCCGUAGAUUUGCCCUUUUGAUAUGUAACCUGACGGGGUCGUUACUCCCAGCACUUAUGAGACCCCCCUCUACACUUCUCAGGGAAGGCUUGCGAUCGCGAACUAUUGCCAAGAAAACGCUUGUUUGACCUUCAAGUAAAAACCCACUAUAUUUCCGGAUAUCGAUGUCACUUUUUAUUCUUCUGUUGGUUGAGCACUUUUCCCACUUUCUUAAGCUACUCCUACCUCGGGUGCCGAUGGUGGCACUACACCUGCUGAUGUUUCGGGGCCCCAUCUGCUACUGCUGCUUCGCCGUCGUGCUUAGUGGUGUUCACAGUUUCGGUCGCAGCUCGCGGGGCGGCCACGGAAUCUACGUUGGUUGUUAACGGCGUCUCGUUGCCUGCAGAAGGACCUUGGUAACCCUGCUGUGCUGGCCUGAAUGUGGUAACGUAUCCAGGCAGCUUUUAGGAGGCCGAUAGGAAUGGCGUCGGCCUUGACUCCGCGAUGGCGGUCGCAACUAUAUUGCGCUUUUAUUAUGGUUGACGGGUCACGAAACUCCGGCGGUCUAGCACGCUCUGGAGGUUUCCUAGGGUAAAACCGAAGGGUUCUGUUGGAACAGUUGGGGUAGGACUUUAAAUAUUGCAGUGGGUACGGUCGGGUUGGUAUGGGAAGUUCUAAUUGGAAGGGCCAUUACCUGGUUGUAUUCUCCUUAUUCGUUUCGAAAGAGGCGUCACUUAAAUGCAAUCACUGCUCAAAACUUUAUCUUCCAGUUAAACUUUUCGUACUGCUUUGCUAGGCGGUUACCAGGCUAAUGGCGUUUUUAGUCCUGGUCGUUCACCUCGAACCUCGACCGUUGACCCCUCAGUCGUCCACAUGUCCCGCCCCAUUCUGUCCUUAUAGUUGUGUGGUUAUCGCCACCCUCCAUGGCCGCCUACUUCCUUCGAUAUGCGCUACCAGUGGUGGGUGGUGGAAACAGCUGCAUGUGAGGGAUGGCUGCGUGCUAUGUGGGUGUUGGGUGGGCUGCAUACCGUUAGAUCUUACUUUUAUUUUCUUGACACUCACUGUACACAAAUAAACACAAAAAUUACGAAACGCGAAAAUCUCAAAAGUCUUGGACGAAACUAAACCACUUGUUACAGAUAUGCAAACUGGUACUUGUUUAGCAGAGCUUUCGAUAAGUGCUCCGUUCGAAUAUAGUGGUCCAGCAGUUUUUCCAUCAGUUUUAGAAGUGUUGAUGUCAAACUUAUAGGUCCAAAGGCCUUGGGUAGUGUCAGGUCUUUUUUACCCGUUUUUGGAAUAUUUUUUCCUUUUUUAUUUCGACUAUGUUAGU